CCGUGCAGGAAACUGAAUUGUAGGUGAUGAUGGCGGAAGGAGAGCAGCGUUGAGUUGUCUAUGAGUUUUUAUUCUAACUGUAGAAACCUCUACUACAUCGUUUCUCUCCUCCUAAUCAUCUCCCGAGACGAUGGGGAAUGAAGGCAGCAUCGAGGGAGAGGGCCAGCCGGGACAGCCCGGCUCCACUGUUCCUUCUGCGAGUGCUCCAUCUUCCAUUUCAGCACCAGCGGGCUCUGGACAGCUCAUCAAACCCAGCAAUGGUGCGCCAACAGGAGGUACAGGGGCCGGACCCGGCCCGGGGAUUAACAGCAUCUCUGGAAGACCCCCCCAGCCAGACCCUGGGUCCAGCCCCAAGGCGGGGGUCCAGACUGGGCCUGGUACAGGGGACCGCCUGGCAUCCCAGGGGGAGCAGCAGGGCCAGGGCCACGCCGCCCGUAAGAACCUCCAGGUGGAUGUGGGUAGUAGCAGGAUGGGACGUUCCCCGUCGGUGUCCCCCGCCAUCACCCCCACCUCCCCCUACUCUGUGCCCCAGAUUGCCCCCAUGCCCAGCAGCAAGCUGUGCCCCGUCUGUAAGACAGCUGACCUGACAGGCACCACGGAGGACAACCAGCCAAACUGCAGCACCUGCACCCAGUGCCGAUCCAUGGUGUGCAACCAGUGUGGCUUCAACCCCAACCCGCACCUCACCGAGGUCCAGGAGUGGCUGUGUCUGAACUGCCAGAUGCAGAGAGCUUUGGGAAUGGACAUGGAGACACCUCGCUCCAAGAGCCAGCAGCAGAUCCACUCUCCGUCCCACCAAGCCAAACUAGAGCCCAUCUCUGAACCUCAAACUCAGCCCCCACCCCAGCCCCAGGUCCAACCCCAGCCCCAGGCCCAACCUCAGCCCCAGGCCCAACCUCAGCCCCAGGUCCAACCCCAGCCCCAGGUCCAACCUCAGCCCCAGUCCCAAGCCCCACCUCAGGCACAGCCUCUAACCCAGCACCAGGCUCCGACACAAGCCCAGCCCCCACCAGGCCCUAACAGACAGACUGGUCCAGGCCCAGGUCAGACCCCUCAACAGCAGAGAGGGACAGUGGGUCCAGUUCCAGCCCAGGGUCAGGGUGGGGCUCGUCUCCCCCCAGGAGCCAUCCCUCUCCCAGGCAUGGCCAAAGCCCCGUCCCAGCCUGACCUCCGUGGCUCUCCCGCCCACCAGCCCCUGCCCCUCCGCCAGGACCACACCCGCAGCGCAGGGAGCUCCCCAUCCCGCCAGCCCCCGCCCCCGGCCGCCGCUCCUGAGCAGACCUUUGGAAAGCUGUUUGGAGGCUUUGGUGGCUUCGGUGCGUCCCUCCUCAACCAGGCCAGCACCCUCAUAUCAGUGGACCCGGUACCCACCCCGCCCCAGCAGCAGCAACAUCCCCCCAAACCUGCCCCUAAACCAGCUGGACCCCAAGAACCUGCAGCUGGGGCAGGGAAACCACCAGGACCCCAUCCAGGCCAACAGGGCCCCCAUGCACCCCAACAGGGCCCCCAUACACCCCAACGGGGACCCCAUGCACUCCAACAGGGACCCCAUGCACCCCAACAGGGACCCCAUGCACCCCAACAGGGAACCCAUGCACCCCAACAGGGACCCCAUGCACCCCAACAGGGCCCCCAUGCACCCCAACAGGGCCUCCAUGCACCCCAACAGGGCCCCCAUGCACCCCAACAGGGCCUCCAUGCACCCCAACAGGGACCCCAUGCACCUCCCCAGCAGCAGCAACAGCAGCAGGAUAAAGGUGCCUGCUGUCCCCUGUGUAAGACAAGUCUGAAUGUGGGCGUGACUGCCCAACCACCCAACUACAACACCUGUACCCAGUGCCACGCCCAGGUCUGCAACCUGUGUGGAUUCAACCCUGCACCGCACCUGGAGAAUAAAGAAUGGCUCUGCCUGAACUGCCAGACCCAGAGAGCUUUGUCUGGGGCCCUGGGAGAUGCUCCACUUCCUGUUCCUCAGCCAAUGGGAUCCCCACGGCACUCAGCCCCAGCCAAUCAACAACAGCCUCAGCAGAAAGGGCCCAAUCAGCAGGCAGGGCUAUGGCCCACUGAUCCUCAACAGCAACAAAAACCACUGGGUGCCCAAGUAAGUGGCCCUCCUUUCUCCCCUGCCAAACAGAGCAAGGGGCCUGCCCAACCCUCCCCUGCCAAGGUACAACCCUUCCCAGGUAAGAGUGCGCACUCCCCUGCCAAGGGUGCACCCUCCCCCACUAAAACAGCAUCCACCCCUGCUAAGGGUACACCCUCCCCUGCCAAACAGAUAGGACCCACUGCCCAGAGCAAGGGUACUGCCCAGCCCUCCCCAGCCAAGGGUGCACUGUCCUCUGCUAAAACAGCAUACACCCCUGCUAAGGGCACACCCUCCUCUGACAAACAGACAGGACUCACUGCCCAGAGCAAGGGUUCUGCCCAGCCCUCCCCUGUUAAAUUUGCAUCCACCCCUACCAAGGGUGCACCCUCUCCUACUAAGAGUGCACCAACUCAACCUAAACCCAACAAGCAGGCCGGUAAACAGCAGCAGGGCCAGGAUAAAGCUAAAGUCGUCCCCAAAGCUCAUAAGGAAAAUGAAGCCAAAGCCUCACCCAAGAAGGGAGCACCUGAAGCCAUCACCACAUCACAUGAUGAAAAGAAGAAACUCGUUGAAGAUUCACAGAAGUCAAAACACCAUGACGAUUCCAACAAGUCCAGCACGCAGAGCCUCAGUGACACGGGAUACUCCUCAGAUGGGAUCUCCGGCUCCGUGGGCGAGAUCACAGGCCAUAUCCGUGAGGAUCCGGGGUUAAAGCUGAGUGAACGUAGCCUCUCCAGCCCCUCUGAGAUCACUAAGCUAGAGAGCUCCAUGCGGCCACUGCUGGAGUCCAGGUCCAAGACCGCUACAGACCAGGGCGGGGAGAACAACUCUGACGGGGAGGUGUCGGACGAUCUCAGCUCCAAGCUGCGCCACGACUAUGUGGAGGACAGCAGCGAGAGUGGUCUGUCCCCCUUACCGCCCAGGCAGAAGAAGUCCCAUAAAGAAAUGACAGAUGAGGAGUUCAUGAGGAGGAAGAUCAUAGAAAUGAGCGCUGACGAGGACGAGAUGGAGGAGGAGGAAGGGUACGGCUACCAGAAAACAAAAAACAAAAAGGAUUUGGGGAAGGAGAAACGACGCAGCCUCACCCACCAUUCCAGUAGUUUUGAGGAGGACACCAAGGGGGUAGAUGACGAAGAAGAUGAAGGUAUGAUGGCUUCCCAAGGAGGCCUGCGGCGGUUUAAGACCAUUGAGCUGAACAACUCAGAGCAUGACCUCAGAGAGCCAGAGCUGGAGAUGGAGAGUCUGACUGGAUCACCAGAGGAGCGGUCGAGGGGGGAGUAUUCAUCCACCCUUCCUGCCACAACUCCCAGUUACACAUCUGGCACGUCCCCUACCUCCUUGUCCUCCAUGGAGGAUGACAGUGACAGCAGCCCCAGCCGCAGGCAGAGACUGGAGGAAGCCAAGCAGCAGAGGAAGGCUCGCCACCGCUCCCACGGCCCACUCCUGCCCACCAUCGAGGACUCAUCCGAGGAAGAUGAGCUGAGAGAAGAAGAGGAGCUUCUGAGAGAGCAGGAGAAGAUGAGAGAUCUGGACCUGCAGAGGAUCCGCAGUACAGCCAGGAAAACCAAGAGGGACAAAGAGGAGCUAAGGGCCCAGAGACGUAGAGAGAGAUCCAAGACUCCCCCCAGCAACCUCUCGCCCAUCGAGGAUGCCUCCCCGACAGAGGAGUUGAGACAGGCAGCGGAGAUGGAGGAGCUCCACAGAUCCUCCUGCUCAGAGUAUUCCCCUUCCAUGGACUCAGAGGCAGAGAGCUUUGAAAUGAUGAGCUCCAAGCUCUACAAGUCAGGAAGCCACCACAACCUACCCACCUUCAUGUCUCUCUACUCCCCCACUGAAAAACAUACUGCCACUUCACCGUUGGACAAGACACUGAAAAGUGCAGAGGAGGUGUAUGAAGAAAUGAUGAGGAAAGCAGAGAUGCUGCAGCAGAGACAGCCAGGAAGGCCAGGCCAACAACAAGGAAGUCCGCAAAGGCAACCGGCUGGAGCACCUCAGCCUAGCAGCAAACAUCAUCUAGGCACUGGAGCACCUCUAACCCCUGGCUCCAGCCCCACACAAAUCUCUGCACCUGUUUCCUUCUCCCCAAACGACCCAUGUGGGGCUGGAAAAGGGGUCCCACCAGGAAUCAGUGUGACACAGCAUCUAUCGAAAGAAACCCAAGACCGGAUGAGGACGCAGACUGCCAAAAUAGGGGGUGUUAUCCCCCCAGUGGCUGGAAGACCAGGUCCUCAGGGACCAGCACAGGGGGCGCCUCCUCCUGACUCUGGAGCACCCUCCAUCGCAUCCUCCCUCUUCUCCUAUUUCAAAGGCCCCAGUCCUCCUGUUUCCCCUUCCCCCUCUCCCUCACAGAGUCCCACUCAUUCCCUGUCCCUACGACCUACAGGGCCUGGGGUGUCCCCACAAGAUUCUCAGCCUGGCGCUGGUGGUGCAACCUCCCCAGUACCACCGCAACAACAUGGAGCCCAGAUGCCUCGAAGAACAGCAUCGCCAUGCCUUGCAAGACAAGAGUCCUCCUCCGACUCACCAGUAAUGGGGAUAACGCUGGGCUCUAAGACCACCACCAGUCCUGCCAGGCCUCUGACUGUAAACUCCUCCACUUCUCCCCUGUCCUCGCCAACACAGGCUAUCCGUCAACCCAUGUAUCAGCAAUAUAUUCCUUCAACAAGCUCUCCAACUUCCCCACAAAUGCAUCUAUCGCAACAAUCCCCUCAACAUGGUUUACAGAGGCCCCAAAAUGCAGAGAGGGUUAAUAUUGAUAUAAGCAUGACAAUGACAACCACAGCUACCACAUACAGUCGUGGGUCAAUAUCAAUGGAAAAUAUCUCCCUAUGUAGGAUUUCCAAUGUCCCAGGUACCUCUAGGGUCGUAGAGCAGGGCCAAAUGCAAAUGCGUCUGACUAGACCUGCAUCAGUAGUGGACCUGAGAGCACCAAUGAAGGCCGCCCCAAUCAUCAUGACAGACCAAGGCAUGGAUCUAACAUCUCUGGCAACUGAUACAAGAAGGUAUUCCCUCGAUGCUGAACAACCCCACAACCAUCACAAAUCGGUGCAGCCACUGAAUGCUGCCGUGAACCUGAAUGCACAAGAGCAGCCGCACGUUUCGGCGUCCACUCCAACAACAGUCAGCGUCACCGUGGCAGCCUCCAUGUUUAUAUCUCAGCCGAAGGGGCAUCCAGUGAUUUACGGAGAUCCCCUGCUGAACCGUAUGGAUCUGGGGCAAGGCGUUGGGUCAGCAAUGUGUCUUACACAAACUAAGCCACCCAUUACUGACCCGUCCAUUCCUAAGAUUGAUGCGUGUCUGGAGGAUCUGGGCAUCCAGCAGCAGCAGCUCCAGAUGCAGCAGCAGAAGCUCCUACAGCAACAACAGCUCCUCGAGCAGCAGCUCCAGCAGCACCAGCAGUCUUCCUUUGCUCGCUAUAACCUAGCGAACCAGGUCCAGCCACUGUUGCUGAAGAAAGACCUGGUGGUUAGCCAGACGAGCAGUGGAAGUGCCCAGCCUGUGGUCAGUGUGAUUCCUAGAGUAUCUCCCAUGCCUCCCCAGCCAGCGUCUAUAGUUCUACCUCCCUCUAACAAUCAUCAUGACUAUGGUCAGAGUGGGCUUGCCUUGGAGUUGAAGAACAAGCCCACAGUUAUGAACCUGUCUACGGGAAAGCCCCAUGUCAUGAUGGUCCAACUGGAAGAUAGCAAUGCGUCUCAGAUGACCACUGUGACUCAGCUGGUCAAAGACCCUCCUCCUCCCCAGGUCCUGGAUCUCACUGGUGGACAGAUACAGAAACCAGAGAACCAAGUGGCUUGUUGUGACGUUGUUUACAAGCUACCCUUUGCUGGUAGCUGUGCAGGUAACUUAACUCAGAAAAAUUCUACCACUGAAUCUUCCCAAGUCACUCUUCCACCCCCUGCCCCACACUACAGUGUAGGCCAGCAGAAACAACAACAACAGCCACAACAACAACAACAACCACCACCUGGUAAUAAUGGCUACCAGGCAGCAAGCAUGCAAGGAGCACCAGAGGAGCGUAAACCGAUGCAGGGAGUUCCUCUAUACCCUAUACCCCUUGGAGGCAGGCUUCAACCAUCCAUGUCUGACACCAACCUGUCUAAUACAGGUAUUCAGUACUAUCAGAGGACUGACCCUGGGGACCUGGCAGUGGAUCUGAGCACCAUGAAUCAGGCCUACGAAGGAGGAUAUCUUGGCAUGGGUGCACAAUACGGAUCCUACACAGACUUAAGUCAUCAAGGAGAUGUUGCAGGUCCUCCCUUGCCUCUGCGAAGGUAUGGCUCCAUGUCCAACAUCAACCAAGACUAUGGCUAUGGUCAGGCAGGUUUCCCGGACGCCAACCUGGCACAGUAUAGUGCCACCACUGCCAGGGAGAUCAGCCGAAUGUGUGCAGCUCUGAACUCUAUGGACCAGUUCGGUCAACGGUACAGCAACCCUGAGAUGAUGCAGUAUGGUUCUGGAAUUGGAGCAGGGCCUGCAGCCAGGCUCAACCUACAGCAAAGCUUAGCAUCAAUCCGAGCCAACCUACUCUAUGGCCCUGAUGGGAGGCCCACAGCACACGGCCAAGCCCUAACCAAUCUGAUCAAUGCCAGACAAGCAAGCAUACGGGCUUUAUAUCCAUCUGCAAUGAGAGGAGCUGACGGUAUGACAUAUUCCACCAUCAACACCCCAAUAGCCUCUACUUUGCCAAUAACCACCCAGCCCUCCUCUGUUCUGCAACCUAUGCCACAAGGAAUAUACCGAUCUUACCCUGCAGGCGUGACCGCUGUACCACUGGCGAGCCUCACCAGGUUGCCUCAUAUGACCCCAAAGAUGCCUCUGUCCACACAGGGACAUUACGGUUACCCUCCUCCCAACCAGUUCACUACAACGGCUGGUGUUCCUGGAAGUGUACCUGCCACGAGCACCUCCACCCAAGAAGCUCCUGUCUACCUUGGGAAGCCUUCUGCAGCCGUCUCUGUGCACACGGCUGCAACCUUACCACUGGCCCAGCCAAUUUCUCAUAUGGGUGGACAAACUACUGCAAUGCCAAUUCAGUCUGCAGUAGUCCCUGCAAACCAACAGACCCCCCAAACUCAAAUCCAAGCGCAGAAUGUUACGACACACCCCCAUACUCAAACUCAAAUGCAAGUCCAAAUGCAGCAACAAAUACAGUCCCAAAUACAGCAACAAAUACAGUCCCAAAUACAGCAACAAAUGCAAUCUCAAAUGCAACAACAAAUAGCAACUCAAACUCAAGCUUCAUUUCUGACUCAAACCCAGUCCCAGCCUAUAACUCAGCCUGCUUCACAGGCUCUAGUGCAGCCCCAUCUGCAGACCAUUCGCCAGAUUGCUUCUACUGCAGCAGCCAGCACCACCAUCACCACUUCGGUCGACCCAGAGCUGGAAAAGAUAGAGGAGCGUUUGAGACAGCAACAGGAGCAGAUGCUGCAGAUGGAGCGAGAGCGUGUGGAGCUGGAGAAACUUCGGCAGAUGCGCCUGCAUGAGGAACUAGAGCGAGACCGCAUGGAGCUCCAGAGGCACAGGGAGAAAGAACAAAUGCUGGUGCAGCGCGAGAUUCAGGAGCUGCAGACCAUCAAACAGCAUGUUAUGCAUCAGCAACAAUCAGAGAGGGAGACCCAGCUGGUCAUGCAGAGGGAACAGCUAUCCCAGCAGAGGAUGCAACUGGACCAGAUCCAGUCGCUACAGCAGCAGCUCCAGCAGCAGUUGGAGGAGCAGAAGAGGCAGAAGACUGCAGUGGUGGAGGCAUCAGCUGCGGCCGCAGCAGCCGCUGCAUCUGCAGCAGCAUCUGCUGCAGCCACUUCCACUCAAGGUGCCAUACAAGGGGUAGUAGUCGGAGGAAUAACCCCUCAAGGUGCCAUACAAGGGGUAGUAGUCGGAGGAGGAGGAGGAGGAGGAGGAACUCCUCAAGGUUUCAUCAUCUGUGACCAGAGUGGUAGGGUGAUUCAACAGGACGGCCAAAGUGUACAGUUCUGGCAACCCCACAUGGAAGGGCAGGUGGUCCAAGCAAUGGUGACCCCAAGGCCCAUACCAAGCUCUGCCUCUGAGAUGUCCUUGAAAAACAGUGAGAAUCAGUUGGGGUCCAGGAUCAUGAAGAAGCAAAACUCUAUGCCUCGUCUUAGGGAUGGAUCGGAGGAGGAGCUGGUGAGGAGGAUUGCAGAUAGCUGCGUGCAGACGGACGAUGAAGAGGGUGAGGACAGGUACAUGAACCGCAGGGGCAGGAGAACCAGGCGGAUCGCCGACUGCAGCGUCCAGACAGACGACGAGGAUCAGGCAGCUUGGGAGCAACCGGUUAGGCGCAGGAGAUCACGCUUAUCCAAACAUUCAGACUCUAGCGGCGAGGUCAAAUCCGAUGGAACCGCCAAAGUGUCCUCCUCCAGCAUAGCCAUUCAGACCACCAACGACUCCUCAUGCCAGACUGAGGCCGACCAGUUGGGCAGGAUCUCACCUGCAAUCCACAUCACUGCGGCUGAGACAAAUAAGGUGGAGCUGCUUCACUACAUCUCUGCCCCAGAGAGAACCCAUACGGGUGAGAGCUUGGCCUGUCAGACAGAACCGGAGGCCCAGUCUCAGGGGGUGGUGGCCCCUCAGCUCAGCGUCCCCACCACCAUCAGCCCAUAUUCCACCUCUAUGCAGAUGGUGGGCUCCACCCCACCUCCUCCCCAAGGGGUGGCUAAGUUUGAGAGGAGGAAACCCGACCCUCUGGAAAUCAUCUACCAAAGCCAGCAGCAGAACGAGUCCCCGUCUCGCCAGCCUCCCAAGUCUCCCCAGGUGCUGUACUCCCCUGUGUCCCCGCUGUCGCCCCACCGGAUGCUGGAAACCACCUUCGCCUCCCAGGAGAAGCUCAACAAGGCGCACGUCACGCCCCAGCAGAAAGCUUUCACUGCAGAGUCUCCUCAGCGUCACCAGAGCCUCCCCAGACCUAUCAAGAGUGUGCAGCGCUCCAUGUCGGACCCCAAACCCCUCAGCCCCACCUCAGAAGACCCUGCCAAGAACAGGUUCUCCCCUUACCAUCAGCAGGCCAUCUCCAACAGUCAGAUGGCCACCCUGCAGCAGCAGCAGAACUCUCUGAUGAGAAAGGUGAAGAGGACCCUACCCAGCCCACCUCCAGAGGAGAGCUCUCUCCCCAUCGUCACCCCAGCCAUGUCCCACAUGUACAGCAGCUCCCCGGGGAUGCAGCCCCAGAGGGUGCUGCCCAGGCCUGCCCAGGGGGUCACCAAGGCCGGCCUGCUGAGCGAGCUGAAGGCCGUGGAGCAAGAGUCCACCAAGCUCCGCAAGCAGCAGCAGGAGCUAGAGGACGAGGAGAAGGAGAUUGACGCCAAGCUGCGGUACCUGGAACUAGGCAUCCAUCAGCGCAAGGAGACCCUGGUGAAGGAGAGGGAGAGGAGGGAGCUGGCCUACAUGCGCUGCAUGGGCGACGCCCGCGACUACAUGUCAGACACCGAGCUCAAUAACCUGAGGAUGGUGGCGGCCACGGGAACGUUCAACGGUAAUGGUCUGCUGACGAGGCCCAGCACGGCGCCGCUGAGCCAGUUCCCCAACGACCUCGGCCCAGCCUCCCAGUACCCGCCCACCUCCUCCUACAUGGCCUAUCAGUACCCACAGAGCCAGCCCACGCCCACACAGCAGCCAACCGCUGCUUACCAACAGAUCGGUUUCCAGCCCCCUCAAUACCCUAUAGCCUCCCAGCCCCAGCCAGGCACCUUCCAGCCCCACCCACCCCAAGGCCCAGGCUACCAGACUCAGCCAAGCUUCCCAGCCCAUGGGGGCUACGGCCAGACUUCCUACCCAACAGACCUGGGCAUGCAGCAGCAUGGCCACCAGGGUUUCCAGCCUCCCACCCCCUCUAUCCCGGGCCAGAACCACCCCUACCCAGGCCAGAGAACAUAUUCUGGCCAGGGCAUGUCCUUCCUGCUGCAGGCUGAGAUACUCACGGUCCACCAGAGGCCUCAUCAGACCUCCUUGGCUGACCUGGAACAGAAGUUGCCCACCAACUACGAGGUGAUCAGUAACCCUGCUGUGUCGGUGGCCACAUCAGCUCCAGACACCGGAUUUGGCUCAGUCUAUGCCUCCAACACCAUGCCCAAUGCCUAUGGGCAGUACCGCCCCCCGGAGCCAGUCCUGACACACGGUGUGGAUAGCCCCACGUCGUCCUACGCUGCAGACGGCCUCUACACCGCAAACCUUGAGCAGAACAUCCCCAGGAACUAUGUCAUGAUCGACGACAUCAGCGAGCUGACCAAAGAGAACACAGGCUCGUCUGUUGACGUUCUGGGACAUCCUGUUGCAGGACGCUAUGGUGAGAAUGGCCCUGUGCACCAAACUGGGUAUGGCAAUGAGCCUGUGGACCCGUACAUGUCUGCAGGCACCACAGGCUACCACCAGCAAGGCUCUGUGGACCCCCGGACCAGCACCACUAUAGGUGGUGGGGGAUCUUCUUAUUACUAUGACGACUAUAAUAAACACCCCAGCACAACACGCCCGGGGACCCAGAAACACCCAUCCAAGAACCUGGCUCCCGCAGUUGUCUCCUCCGGUAAGCGCAGCAAGCACAGAAAGCAGGGUAUGGAGCAGAAGAUCUCCAAGUUCUCCCCCAUCGAGGAGGCACGGGACGUGGAGUCCGACCUGGCCUCUUACACCAUGACCACCUCCACCGGCGGCAGCUGCACUGUGGUGUCUCGGUCCGGGGUGAAGAAGAGCGGCUACGACCAGCGGAAGUACUAUGGUGGCCACCCGGGAAGCCGGGAAGCCCUGGAAGAGGAGGACCGGAUGUACGGCUCGGGGAGGUCCCGGUCUACUGGUUAUGGCAUGGACAAGAUCUGCUCCAGGGACUCCUCCAGGAGCAAGUCCUACGAGAGGGAAGCCAUGGAGCGGUCUCAGAGAGGCGGUGGCGGACGGCCCGGACUGCGCACCCAUAACUCAGAGGAGGAGAGCCCCCUCAGCCCCGUGGGGAAGCCUGUGGGGGUCGGACGAGGUGGCACAGGGGUACCAGUGGACCCCCAUGACGUGAGGAACCAGUAUGGCUCCAGCCACUCCCUGCCGGAUGUCCAGGACCACCACAUGAAGGACCUGCCCAGGAGCCACGUGUACAAGCCAGAUGACCCAUAUCUCGUAGACGAUCAGCACGCUGCUGUGUCGGACAGUGAAGCCUAUCAUCUGGGUCAGGAGGAGACGGACUGGUUUGAGAAGCCAAGGGAGGCUCGCUCCAACCGCUCCAGACACCAUGGGAGCGCAGGGCACAUCUCCACUGGUAGACAACAGACCGGCGCCAACGUGAAGCACACCUAUCAUGACUAUGAUGAGCCUCCCGAAGAACAGGACCUGUGGCCUCAGAACGAGUACAACAACCAACCUCGCCACCCCUCGUCCACCUCAUCAUCCCGCGACCACCGUGGUCACCAAGGCAGCAGCGGCGGCAGCUCGGGGAGGCACUCCUCUUCCCGCCACUCCGGCGAGGAGCCUCGGACGUCCAGCCGCUCCUCCAGAACACACCCCAAAGACCAAUCCACCCGCUCUGAGGGCCGUGGAUCCUCCUCCACCCAGAAGAGGGGAGGCUCGGAACCACGCUCCUCCCGGGAUGGCUACCGGGACUCUGGAGACUACUCCUCUCGUGACCCGGCCUCCGGCCACCACCGCGAGGGCACCAGUGGCAGGGGUCAGAAGCCGCUAGGCUCGUCCUCCAGGAGACAGGAAGGGGUUCCUUCUGCAGGGGCCAAGCAGGGUCUGGGGCAACAGACCCAGGGUGGUCCAGGCGGGCAGCACCAACAGCCCCAGGGGGGUCCAGGCGGGCAGCACCAACAGCCCCAGGGUGGUCCAGGCGGGCAGCACCAACAGCCCCAGGGUGGUCCAGGCGGGCAGCAGCAACAGCCCCAGGGGGGUCCAGGCGGGCAGCAGCAACAGCCUCAGGGGAGUCCAGGCGGGCAGCAGCAACAGCUCCAGGGGGGUCCAGGCGGGCAGCAGCAACAGCCCCAGGGGGGUCCAGGCAGGCAGCAGCAACAGCCCCAGGGGGGUCCAGGCGGGCAGCAGCAACAGCCCCUGUCAGGCAGACAGCCUGGAACCCAGGGGCCAGACGGGGGCCAACCGGCCCAGCAGCAGCAACGUACCCAGCAGCAGCAGCCUCCACAGCAGAGCCAGCCUUCCCAGACCAUAGCCGGGGGCCCUCAGGCCACUCCAGUCACUGCAGGCCCAGGACCCAUAGCAGGACCAGGGCCGGCACAACAGCAGGCUAAACCUGGCCAGACUCCGGCACAAGGCCGGCAGCCAGCCGGACCUACCGCAGGCCAGCCAACAACCACAGCCGUGACUUCUGCCACACCUGCAGCAGCUAUUGGGGGGAUGAAACCUGCAGCAACGAUUGGGGGGGCAGCAGCAGCACAGCCGCCCAAGACAGCUACACCACCCCUCACAGGCAUCGGCUCUAAAGCAACCCCCCCUGGAGGGAUAGGUAACCGGCCUGGUGGGAUCGGCAGUGCAGUGGCAGGCCAGCCCCCAGCAGAGGGCGUCAAUGUUCUCACCAAUAUCCUGGGAGGGGCUGGAGGCGCAGCUGAACAGGCGGGGAAACUGGGAGAUGCUAUUUCUGGCCUCGGGAAGAAGUUCACUUCAUUUUGGUGAAUGGAAGAAAGGAGGGGUAUGAGGAGUUGCGAUGGAGGGGGAUUGGAGGCUUUGUACUAGAAAAAUCUAUGAAACUGUUUUCGCCAUUUUAUACAUUUCACUAUCACAAUGAAGCGGAGAAGGAGGAGGAGGGUACCUGAGUGCAUCAAUGCACCAGCAGAAUGCCAACGAGAGCCUACCUCACAGCUCCCGUAGGAGAGUGAAUGAGACAGAGAGCGAAGAGAGAAUGAAGAUACAAUCCUGUCUGUCUCACCUCCCUGUUUGUCUCUCUGCUUACUGAGAGAAAUAACACCUGAUCCAGGAACAGAACAGGGAGCUGUCACACACCGUAGGCUUGGCUUCCGCAUCGCUCAGCUCAGAAGGACAACAGCGGAGGAUGCUGCUUCUUCACCUAAAUCUCUUUCAUCUUGGAGAGCACACUGAGUUUCAUCAGAGCUCUCCCAUCACUUGCUGUGGUUCUGUGAUUCUAAGACAAGGCCAUAUGGGAGCCAAUGUAGAAGGAAAUGUCACAUCUGGUCAAAAGUAGUGCACUAUAUAGGGAAUAGGGUGGCAUUUGUAAUGCAGACUCAGAGGAGUCCACAUCUGACCAGAAUCAUUCCCGACUCCACACUUUUGUGGUCAGAGGGCCUUAUAACACCAUCACCAUUAUAACACAGUGGAGGAGGGAGAUAGAUACACAGCUCAUAGGUUUUACUAGUACCAAAGAGACCUCUGCCAACUAUGACACUAACUACUACACUGGAGAAGGCAAGGCAAGACAAACAAACGGCGACAGACAAACAAACAAACAAUGCCCUGGUUAUGAACCACUUGAAUGCUUGGUUUCUAUGAUCUCUACAUUCCAGGGAACGAUGACCCUUUCUUUGAAUGUGUUUUUAUUUCUCCUCCACAUGUUGUGAUGAUAUGAUGUCUACAGAAUGCAACAUGUACAUGUGGACACUGGAAUGCACGCACAAUAAUAAUAAAAAAAGAAACCCAUACCUUCUUAACACUUUUUCACCACUACGUCCAGAAGAGGGUUCACCAGACAUUAAUAGACGAGUAGGAUAAAGAGAGGAGAAGCUACCAGUGUGCCCACCAAUAGAGUGUGAGAUCCACACAGGAGAGAGGACCAGAUGGAACGCAAGCAAGCGUGACCAUGGCUGUCUUUUAGCCAUCGCAAAGCCAUCACUUGUCAAUCCCAGAGCACCUUGGGAUUUAUUUUUUUUAUAUAUAAAAAGUAUUUUCAUCUUGUUUCAUUUCUUAUCAUUUUUGCCUGAUAUUAUUCUGAAAAGAAGAGCCUUAUUCGGUACAUAUUUUUUACUUGUAUACCUCAUAUGUUUUGAAACGUCCAUGUCAUACCUUUCUUCAUUUCGUUUUGCACAACUGUAUACUUUUGUAUGCACAUACAUCUAUCGAGAACACUGAUAAUGUAAAUUAUUCAUUUGUGUUUUUAUUAAUUUAUAUUCAUGUGACUUCUGUUUUUAUGUUUUAUGUUUUUGUUUGGUAAAUCUAUUUAUAUUUUAUGGUCUAUUGUUUUCUUAUUUAUUAUCUUACAUUUGAAUAAAUUUCUGGUUGAUUUAAAAGCAAUAGCAUGCAUAAAAUGAUAUACAGCACAUUGGUGUUAAUGUUGUUUAAAUUCAUGGAUGGGAAUAUCUGAAACAUGUUGAUAAACAUCAGCAAUAUGUCUGAGAGAGUUGCACAACUACACAUACACACCUAAAUCUCUAUGUUUACACUUACUCACACAGAGACAUACAUGCAAUCAAGCAAACACACACACAUGCAGGAGUGGCUGGAAGCAAUCAUCAUUUCAAAUGUUCUAUGCAAUGAUUCAUUUUGAAACUGGAACAGACGAAAAACAAAGUUUAAUACCAUAAUGACCAAUGUUACUCACUAGAAUCCAACAACAUUGUGAACUGAAAGACAUCGAAAACCGUUCUGAACAUAUUUGUACUUUGCUAAUUGUAUUUAUGGAUCUGAAUAUUUAACUAUUGAAUGUAGACUUAUUUUCGUGGCAUGUUUUAUAGUACCCCAUUACUCCCCAUAUGGGGGGACUUGUUGCCAAAGGGUUGACUGUGUAGACUGUCAGUCAUGAAUGUCCAUCUUAAUGCUUGAAGCAUGAUUUGCUUGGCUUUGUCCGGCUGUUUGUAUGCUCUCAUUCAAUCCUGGUGUGUGUGUAGCUUGACCAGGGCCCCACUGCCAUGGCGUGUUCAGCUGUCCAGUCCGUGCUGCUAUACAAACCUGUGAGGCGGUUGGUCAGGAAUUCUCAUUAUAAAAUGUCAGUCAGUGUGCGCAUCGGCUGUCAGUGUAUAACCUGAAGGGUGGAGGAUUCAUUUCAGGUUUCUGAUUGGUUGAUCAGACUGUACAACAAAUAGAAUGGUUCCUUAUGCCUCUCUGCAUUAGGAAUGGCAUCAUGUAGUAAUAGAUUAUGAGGGAAACAACUUGAUGUGCUUUGAAGCCACUAAAAGUUGCAUACAAAGAACAACAUCAAGGUAUCAUUAGUAGUUGUAGGAACAAAUGGGAGAAAUCCUAACCUCCACUUAGUCAUGCAUUGCAUUUUAAGUUGAAAUUAGGAUUCGCCCUUAAAUGAACAGUCUAGAACUCAAUCAGUGGACCACUGAACCUUCCAUAUCCAAGGCUAGUCUAGAGGGAAUCUAGAGGGUACUGUCAAUCAGGUCAGAGAAACACAACAUUCUGCUGAGCCCAAGUCAAUCACUCAUCCAAUCAGGGCAUGUUAUAAUUAAAGCACAAGCCUGACUGGUAUGUAAAGACAGAAAUGUAACACCAAUAGCAUAUGUGUUAUUGAUUUCAAGGAGAGGUAAAACAAAUGUGUUAUCUCACGGUAAUAAUAUAAAUGAGAGUGCAGGAUGAAUCCAAAGAGGGACCUUGGUAUAGAUAGCUGCGAGCUCACCAUCUUUAUGGAGACGUUGUGGUCGAUAAGAGAAGCAUGAGACCAGACAGCCUUCACUGACUGUAGCUGUCCAAAUGGACAGACAGACAGACAGACACACAAACACACAUUCUCACUGUAAAUACAGAUGGAUUCUUCUGUACAGCGUUUGAGUUCAUAGUACGGUCGUCUUGUGCAUUCCCACACCGUACUUGCUGCCAACUUUUGUGCUUUUGUGUAUAAAAUAAUAUUUAUUCUAAUUAAAUAUCAUGAUUAUGAAUAUAAUGAUGAAAUAAGCAUAGUGUAUCUGGCUGGCUCGUAUUGACUGUUGGCAACAUUGGAAUAAACUUGUAUUCAGAUACAUAUUCGGUCUGUGUAGAGUUUCUAUACAUAUUGUGUUUGUAAAACAAGGAGAAAUACCUACAUGGUAAAAGUUUAUCCAGGCAUUCUAUUGUCAUUCUAUCGGGAGGUUUCAAAGUUGAUGAGAAAUGAUCCAUUUUUUAAAAAGAGAUUGAAAUAAGAGGAAAGAGCUAAUUGAAAAUGCAACAAAAAAAAUCCAGAAAAAGUCUAACUCAAGUCAUUCACUGUUGUAAGUGCAAUGGGCGAAACGUCAGUUGUGUAUCCAUUGUGAAACCUUGUGUUCUAUUCAGUGUAUUCCUGUAAACAGAUAGAGUAACAUUUUGGUGAAUCAUGUCAUGUAAUGUGAUUAAUGAAAAUAUUGACCCUGCAAUUUCUUUCCAAUCAGGAAAAAUAAUAAAGAGAAAAUCAAGAAUC